AUGUUGAUCUAUCCUGUUCCAGUUGUUGAUGGAUACUCAUUUCCCCAUCUAACAAAACGAAUGAAUGUAGCUGGGCGCCACAUAACAUCAUAUCUUCUUGAUUUGCUCAUGAGGAGGGGGUAUGCCAUGAACAGAAAUGCUGACUUUGAGACAGUGAGAAAUAUCAAAGAGAAGCUUUGUUAUAUAAGUUAUGAUUACAAAAGGGAGUAUCAGUUGGGACUUGAUACCACCAUCCUCGUAAAAAAUUAUACUCUCCCAGAUGGAAGGGUCAUUAAAGUUGGGAAUGAGCGAUUUCAAGCACCUGAGGCUCUAUUCUCUCCCGAGCUAAUAGAUGUCGAAGGAGAUGGAAUGGCUGACAUGGUUUUUCGUUGCAUCCAGGAAAUGGAUAUCGACAAUAGGAUGAUGCUCUACCAGCACAUUGUCCUAAGCGGUGGAAGCACAAUGUAUCCUGGAUUACCUAGUCGCUUGGAGAAGGAAUUAUCGGAGCGUUAUCUUGAUUCUGUCUUGAAGGGAAAUAAGGACGGAUUGAAGAAACUAAGACUGCGUAUAGAGGAUCCACCACGAAGAAAGCAUAUGGUGUAUCUUGGGGGC